CAACGAGCAUGCGUGCUCUGACUCUGAGCAUUGGCCCAAACCGAGCACAUUGGUCCAACCAUGAGGCGGACGGCGGCGUUGCUAUGGACCCACGGCGGCCGCAGCAUCCCGCGGGCGCUCGCCGACGUGCUCGUCUGCCCGCUCUCCAAGCAGCCUCUCAGGUACUGCGAGGCCACCGGGUCUCUGGUCAGCGACGCCGCCGGGGUGUCCUUUCCGGUACUUGAUGGGAUCCCUUCACUUGUACCAAAAGAUGGAAAGUUACUCGACGACCAAGAAGUGAAGUCAGAACAAGAGUCCAGCACUAGGGAUUCGUCUGGUUGAAUCCUUGUCUAUGCAACAGCCAAUUGAAGCAAUAUGUUGUAGGUAUUUUUUUAUACUCGUGGAUUGGGGAAUUGGUGACGGCGGUGGUGGGAAAAAGGAAGACGGGACGGAGGUGCCGUCAAUGUGAGACUGGAGGGGGAUGUGGUAAAUAUGGGGACCACAAGGGCUGUAAGGCUAGUCUUAACGUAUAGUUUUAUUGUAUAGUUAUCAAGACUAUAAACUAGAUAAUCGAGCCAUAUGAGUUUUACGGGGAUGAAACUCCUCUCUUAUAUGAUGAAACACCUUCAUUUAGUGACCCUGUCAAGUCAGCAAUUUUGCUUAUGUUGCACCAUAUUUAAUGUGCAUGACAUUCUCAUGAAACAUACAUUGAGACUAGUCUAAGGUCACUCACACUGUAAGUCUCUAUCACAAAGUCUAACACAAUUAAUUACAUAUUAUUUAUGGUAUUCUGUUCA